UUCGACCAUGGACCAGUAGCUAUUCGCGCUUCUUUUUUUCCAUCAACCGUAACUCUUCGGAUCCCAAACUGGCGACCUCACAUCUCCAGCUGGCACGCGCAAAUGAGCUCAUAGAUCAGAUCAAGCUCAAAGUGUUUCCUGCGUGGCGGGGGGCUGGAGAGGGUCAUGGUUGGGGCUGGGCUCAGUGUGUGAGGUGGGAGGCUGGAGAAGGAGGCCCGUCCCGGGGUCUGGAGUGUCCGCUUUGGUGCGUCCUGUGUCGAGGAGGAAGAGACAGACUUAAGCAGGCCUGCCAGAUUGGGAGGGGAGCGCUUCGCCUGCCCACAGACAUGCUGAGCCUCAGACUACCACAGCUAUUCGACAUCCACCAGGUGCCAAAGGUGUUUCGAGAGGAUGGCAUCAUGUCUGGGUAUCGUCAUCCCAGGAGCUCAGCGCUGGACUGCAUCCUCAGCAGUUUUCAAAUGACCAACGAGACGGUCAAUAUCUGGACACACUUCCUGCCGACCUGGUAUUUUCUGUGGCGGUUCAGCGUCCUGUGCUCGUCUCUGGACUUUGUGACGGAUAGCUACACCUGGCCGCUGCUGGUCUACAUGCUGCUGAUCUGCCUUUAUCCCUUCACCUCCAGCUGCGCUCACACCUUCAGCACCAUGUCAGCUGAAGCUCGUCACAUCUGCUACUUCUUCGACUAUGGAGCGCUCAGUCUCUACAGUCUUGGCUGUGCCAUCUCAUACGGGUCCUAUGCGAUGCCCGACUGCUGGGUCAACAGUUGGCUUCACCAGCAUUUUGUGACCAUCGGUGUCUGCAACUCUCUCUUCUGCACCAGCACGUCCUGCUACACCAGGUUCAUAGAGCUGCAGUUUCCACACAAAAGUAAAAUCCUGCGAACGUCCGCAUUUGUGGUCCCCUUCCUCUUCGACAGCUUCCCACUGUUUUACAGACUGCUCUCAUGCUGUUGGGGGAGCUGUAGUCCCAGUGAAGCUCUGGCCAGUCAUUCCUACCAUCUGCUCUUUGCGUUUCUCACAUGUUUUCUGUUCGCAUCGCAUCUCCCCGAGAGACUGGCUCCAGGCCGCUUCGACUACAUUGGUCACAGUCACCAGCUCUUUCACAUCUGUGCGGUCGUCGGCACUCAUUUCCAGAUGGAGGCUGCGUUAUCAGACAUGGCGUCCCGCAAAGACUGGCUGAUAUCCCACUCCGGACUGCCUUCAUUUCAGGGCACCAUAGGGGCUCUCGCUCUGGGCGUCCUGCUAAACCUGGCCAUCAUUGGUGUGUUUAGUGCCAGUUUAAUUCAGACUCCUCGCCAAAGCACUUCACACCCUCAUCAGGAGUAACAGGCUUUCUUGAACACUCCAAACCUCACUGUGCACCUUUCCGGACGAUUUUGACCUACAGAGCACUUAUACAGUCACUUUCACUGAUUUACAGUAUAUAGGCCUCUAGCAUUGAUACUUUUGUACUAAAAACGGUUAUGCUAGAUCAUUUAAUCUAGUUUUAUUUUAUUUUUUACUCACCGUUUAUUAUCUCAGCCGAAAACCCGAUAAUCGCAACCUUUCUGGGGAUGUUUGACCGCUGUGCCUUCAAUUAUUUUUAUUAUUUAGUUGUCUACUUGAAAGGUUGAGGGUUGAAUGACGCUAAUAUUGAUUUUGUUACAAGCUAUAUUCUAACAUAGUUUGGGGUUUAUUAACCAAUAUGAUUGAUAAAUGUGUACUGGUAUGUGGUAAACGUUAGAAUAUCAUUAACUGGAAUUGGUUAAGUAUAGCAUUAAUCAAGGAUUUUAUAUUUGCAUCAUCAUGAAUAGCAGCAUUAAUAUAAGUAAUUCAGUUUUAUGAUGUUACAUAUUGAAAUAUUUUACGGUUGGGAAGUUGCACAUUGAAAAAAAAUGUCUUGUUUGGUAUUUUUGUCUUGUCAUCCAACACUUAUAUCAAUAUUUGUACUUACAAAUAAUUUGUUAGCAUUAGUUAUUCUGACCAACUACUAAAAUUUUACAUUACUCCAUAACUAAUAAAACUUAUAUACAUACAGAAUUAUUAGCCGCCCUGAAUUAUUAACUCCCCUGUUUAUUUUUUCCCCAAUUUCUGUUAAUUUUUUUCAACUCAUUUCUAAUAACUGAUUUAUUUUAUCUUUGUCAUGAUGACAGUAAAUAAUAUUUGACUAGAUAUUUUUCAAAACACUUCUAUACAACUUAGUGACAUUUAAAGGCUUAACUAGGCUAAUUAGGUUAACUAGGCAGGUUAGGGUAAUUAGGCAAGUUAUUGUAUAACGAUGGUUUGUUCUGUAGACUAUCGAAAAAAAAUCAAGCCUAAAGGGGCUAAUAAUAUUGACCUUAAAUGUUUUUUUUUAUUAUUAAAAACUGCUUUUAUUCUAGCUAAAAUAAAACAAAUAAGACUUUCUCCAGAAGAAAAAAUAUUAUCAGACAUACUGUGAAAAUGUCCUUGCUCUGUUAAACAUCAUUUCGGGAUAUUUGAAGAGAAAAAAAUUAAAAGGGGCCAUAAUAAUUCUGACUUCAACUGUAUAUACUUAUGAAUUGGUAUAUUUUAGCUUAGUAAAUAGAAAUUUAAGCCAAUUAUUUAAUGCAAGACAAAAAUAUACUACUAAAAAUGUACUAAAAUAUUAGCAAAAAUGAAAAGAAUAAAAAAUAUAACUAUCAGUAAAAACUACAACAGUUGCUCAGUGAUAUUCAGAUAACUCUAACUUGACAAGCUAUAUAUAUAUAUAUAUAUAUAUAUAUAUAUAUAUAUAAAUAUUUGGCUUCAUAUCAGCACUGGUGGGAGGCUACGACUGUGGUAUUGCAUUUAUACAACAGUUCGAUGGCAUAACCAUGUAUAUAAAAAAGAAAAUUGAACACAGAAAGUCUCAAAAACCCUUUAAUAAGAGGAACUACUUUCUUCCACCACUCAUUCACAUCUGCAGCUGACGGUCAGAUUCAGCAGCAGCUAAUUCUCUUGUGUAAUGUCUGACAAAACAGGUCAUUUUGCUCACAUUUUAAGAUUAUAAGGUUGAACAACAUGAAAUGCCAUCAAUCUACAGAGAUUUCUCAGUAUUUCUUUGUUGCAAUCGGGAGAUCACAAUAAUUAACCCUUAAAAAGCCAAAGCAAAGCCAACACUACCAGAUUACUAUUGUAUAAAUACAGCACUACAAAAUACAAAAGAGAGAGAUCGACUUAGAAUUACAUGAUCUAUAAUUAUUUGAUCAGCUGUAGUUUGAAAUUUCCGCUCAAUUUUUCUCCCCUAAGCACUUAUUAUGUGGUCUCUGUCACCAUCUUGUGGCAGAACAUCAACCUUCUUUGCUCUGCUCAGGAUGACAGGCUGAUGGGCGCAAAUGCAGUGAAUCUCCAAAAUUAUAAAUAUUUCAAAGUGGCACUGUCCUUAUAAAUAAACUGCAUAACUGCAAUCUAAACAACUACGUUCUAAGAAAAAGCCCCAAAAGUACAUUAUGUUGUCCAACAGCGGCAAUAUUUGUCAAACUGUACUGAGUUUAUCGAUGUAGGCGGAGUAAUACACAAGGGUGAAGAGACUGUACGAGUGCUGUUAUUAUGGGUAUAUGGGUAUAUAUAUAUAUAUAUAUAUAUAUAUAUAUAUAUAUAUAUAUAUAUAUAUACUUAAUAAUAGUAUUUUUGCUUCUCAGUUAAAUGUAUUUUCAUUUCUAAAAAAUUAGAUAACAGUACUAGAAAUCAAGACAAAAAUACUGAGCAAAAAACAUUUUUUUUUUGUAAUGUGUACUGUGAGUGGGUGUAAUUUUACCCCUUUUAAACCUGCAUUUGUAACGUCCCUCAUUAGCAUCAUUUAAAUAUACUAUAAAUCUUUCCAGGUACAAUUACAAAUGAGUAGUUGGUGAAAAACCCUGCGUUUCUGGAAGAGAAAAGUCAUAUUAUGAAGGAUAAAGCUCGUCUAAGCAUCAUUCUCCUACUAAACUGCAUCUCGUGGUAAUAUGGGGCCGCACUGGAGUCAUUCAGAUGUUUCUAGACAUCUGAAGAACAGCACAUCAGGUCACAUUUCUGUGCUAUUGUUUUGUUCAUUGCAGGUUUAUGACAUACAAUACACUCUGUUUAGACUGAAGGUUUUUAGCUUUUAUAAGUUUGUCAGUGCACUUGUCAGUUCUCAAAAUAGACGUAUUGCUCAUGUAACACUUGGGUUUUUAUUCUUAAACCUUUUCCUGUGGCUUUUUAACCUCAUUUUGUACCUCAUUUUGUCAUGCUGCACAGGUACGUCGGCUUGUAAUUCAGUGCAAUUAAUGCCGUAUAAAGGCUAUAGUUUAGCAGAACCUUUUCUAACAAGCUCUUAAUAAGGUAGUCAUGUGGUUGGAAGGAUGAAUUAAUUGGUGUUUAUUAAAGGGAUCUUGGGUUAAAAAGGAAAAGCAGGUGUUUUAGUGGUUAGCGGUGGAAAGGUUCUGUGUUUGUAUAGUUGGACAGCAGAUAUUCUCGCUCGCACACCAUUCGCUUGGAGUAGGUGUGAGUGGGGUUUUUUUUCAAUCUGUUCUUCUGCUCUAAGAGGUUUAGGUGUGAAUGUGACUGGUGACAAUUGUAUUCUGUGGACUAGAAUUCAAAGAAAUGUCAAAGGUUUUGGCAUCCCAAUCCCUGUGUUUGUUGGCCCAAAUGAAUGUACUGCAGUUUUGAAAACUGUGCUUUUUAAAACCCUUUAAUGUUACGAUGUAGCAUUUAAAACUACCAAGGAACUUAAAAUAAUAAUUUUUUAAGUGUUCCAUAUAUGUUUUUAUUUUAUAUGAGUCCCUUUACAUUGAAAUAUGCAAGCAUUGCAGUGCCUUUUGUUUCCGUUGUGAGUUUUGAAAUGUUUUUGUAACAAAUGUGAAAAAUAUGAAAGUGCUUAGAAUUAAACUGACUCAGUGUUCACUA